UAUGAUGUUGCGUUUGUGAUUUGUGACUUGUGUUAAGCAAGUAGGUUUCGCCAAUAAUUUUUAUAAUUUCAAUUUUUAAGACUUCAAGUAGAAUUUGUCUGAAAAUAGAGACAUGUUCUCACUGCAAUAAUGUUCUCAUAUAGUCAUAGGUGAUUGUCGUAUUUACACGCCGCCAAGACCAUGAGCUUUGGCGAAACUAUUUUACGUAAAUACGGCUGGACUCAAGGCAAGGGUCUAGGCAAAAAAGAAGAUGGAAUUGCCGCUCCCGUCCGUGCAAGUCUAAAAUUUGACCAAACUGGUGUUGGUUAUGAUACAGCUAAUGCUGAGUCGUAUGGUGAUAAAUGGUGGACUCGAACAUACAACGAUGCAGCCAAUGGGAUAGAUGUCAAAAAUAAAGAUGGAAAUGUUACUUUUAAAUCAAAAAAGAAAAAAAAGAAGAAAAUAGCUAAGAAAAUUAAAAUCGAAGAGGUUAAAUCCAUUUUAGAGUUAUCAGAUGAACAGUUAUUCCAAGCUUGUGGUGGGAUUACAUGUCAUAAAGCUGCUAGGCAUGGAUUAAAUAUGGAUGGAAAGUUGGCUAGAUUACGUAAACAAGAUGAACAAUUAUUGGCCACUAAUAAAAUAAAAGAAGAAAUCAGUAGCAUGGAAAAUAAAAACUAAAAUAUAAUUGUACUAUUUUAUAAAAAUUAUUUGACUAUAAUUUUUUAUAAAUGAAAAAUAAUUACACAAAUAUACACAUAAAUAUCAAACAUAUAUUUUUACUAAUUGUAUACAAAAUUGAAAUAAUCGUAUAAAAAAAAUAUAAUAAACCAAGAACGUAAUAUUAUUACAACAACAUAAUAUUAUACAAAUCGUUAUAUUACUAAAUUACACUACAAAAUGGUUUUAAUUUUACUAUGUUUUGUUUAAUUUUUAUAAUAAAUUAUUUCACAAUUUGAGCUUCAGGAGAACGUUCAACGUUUGCCCUUACAAUUAAAUAUGGCAAUUUGUUCCCUAUUUUAACAAUAUUAGACAAACUGAAAUAUCUUAUAUGAGCAAAUCAAUAAGAAUAUAAAUUACACACAUGUAAGUAUACAUAUUAAUAACUACAUUUUUACAUGAAAAAAAAAACCUAUGACUAAUUUGAUUGGAAUUAUUGUGGCUGCGUCCAUAUAUUAUAUUAUAAUAAAUAAAAGACAAAAUGUAAUUCUCAAUAAGUUAAUUUAUGAUUACAACACUAAACCCAGUAUAGUGUGUUCUAAUAUUUGAGUUUUCUGAAUUGUGUAUCACGUUUGAAUCACUAGAUGAAUAUAAUUUAAAAAAUUAUACUUAUUUACAUAUUGUUUGAGUACUUUUUUAUCAUCAUUAAACACAGUUCAAACGCAAUAACUAUGUUUGCCAUACAACGUUAUACUUCGUAGUUUUCAACUACAAUACCAAUUUUUAUUCGUAGUGGCAUACAAUUAUAUGUUUUUAGUAUUUAAUUUAAACACUGAACGCACCUGAUUAAUGGAACUUAAAUCAAAAAUAUCAUAAACUCUUAACUAACUAAACAGUCGUCAUUAAUUAUUUCAGUACAGAAUAUUCAAUAAUUUCAAAAAGUUGUUUUAUAGCGAUAUUUUUUGUUCUGUAAGAAUUCGUUAGGGUACGCUUCAUACUUAUAUAGUAUGCAAAUAUCGUACAUUUGUGCUAAAUUCGUAUUACAGGUAAGUUGUUAGUACAACAACUGUACAAGUCGUUACGAUUAUUAACGACGUGUGAAUAUUAUAUGGUAAUAUUGGUAAGUUUAUAAAGUUUUAUACAUAAUAAAUAUAGUUAAUUACAAAAGUACAAAACACUUGAUUACGGGAAGAAAACUAUGCAGAGAAUUAAAAAUAGGUAUCAAUAUAAUAAUAUAGGUACAUCUCGGUACACUGGUACCUAUAUGCCUAUGUAUAAAACAAAACUAUGAAUAAUUAGUUUCAUAUUGCACGUUCCAAUGCCCCUCCCAAUUGUAGCUACAACGUUAACAAUUUUCGACGAGUUUUAAAUUUCAAUUAUACUUGACUACCUUCUAUAAUUUAUAUAGUAUGUCGUAGCGUACAAUAUGUAUGAUAGGUACGUAUUUCAAUCGUUGGUGUACCUACGGAAUUUUUAACAUCUAUCAGUUUUAAGAACAGCAUGAAUAUCAAAAAAUAAGAUUCCGUUGUCACACAGAACUCUGAAUUGCAGGUUACAAUAGUCACCCAUUUCGGCGAUUUCACGUAUGGGUGUGAUGGGAAUACACGUGUCCUCUCACAUAGGUGGUUUUAAAAUACUAACGAUUUGAAACAGAUGACGGGAUAACAGCUGGCGUUACACUGCACCUACUUUAUUUAUACAAUAUGUAUACCACGGUUUGAGGUAGAAUCUAUCCUAAACCGUGAGUACUGAUGUUUAUCAAUCGCACCCGAAAACGAUUGUUCAUAAAAAAUUACGUUUAGUUUAAUGCCCGACAAUCGUAUGGCCCGAUACGAUGAUACAACACUAGGUUGUUAGGCACACAUUUAAAAUAUAGGCAUAUAAUACACUCGAACGUUCGAAUCAUUUCAAUUUAUAAGAAAAAUCUAUCGCCUCUCUUUGUCUUACACUACAGGUAAAUUGCCUCGGUGAUCGAUAUUCGGCCUUAUCUGACGAGUGACGACCGAUCAUAGCUUAUUAUUAAUAUUACUACUACCGUUUAUCAAGCGUAGAUUAAUAUAGGUCACGUGGAUUGGAUAUAUGGACCUACGUUGGCUAUAGGUUAAUUUAUUAACGCUCAGAUGUUUGGUAACAAAGUGUUCAAUCUCAACGCAUAUUAUA